GGAAGUACGUCUACGACAGCUGCUCGUGCACGGCGUAUUUGGAUUUAGGCUAUGGCGCUAGCAAGUCCCCUCGCUCCGUUUAUGCCGCCCUUGGUGACAGAUUGCCAAAUCAUGUCACUCAUGUCCAAUUUAAUCGUAAUUGCAUAUUAAUAAUAAUAACAACACAACGGUAGUUGUAUCGUAGAUCCAGUCGCGCGUUCAUGGAUCGUGCUAGCGUUCUCCGUUAGCCGCAAGGGUGUGUAGUUACGUAGUCUUCAUUCCUUCCUUCUAAAGUUUCAAGUUUUCCAUUCAUUUUCAAUACCGCUUAUCCUGAAGAGGGUCGCGGGGGGCGUGCUGGAGCCGAUCCCAGCCAUCUUCGGGCGAAAAGCGCACUACACCUUUAACUGGUCGCCAGUCAGUCGCAGGACACAACAUAUAGAGACAAACAACACUUCACACCCACAUCCACACCGUCACUGUGUGGAAACCGACCCCACGCUGCCCGCACACGAGUCCGGCGAGUGGACCACCACACCGUCAGCCACCUCUUUCAGUUUUCAAGGAUUUAAAAAAAAAAAAAAAUGGAAACGAACGUGCCGAAGAGACGAGACAACAAGAAGCCGCUCCGCGUGAAAGUCAUAAGCCUCGGCAACGCUGAAGUCGGGAAGAGUUGCAUCAUCAAACGUUAUUGUGAGAAGAGGUUUGUUCCCAAAUAUUUGGCUACGAUUGGAAUUGACUACGGGGUCACCAAGGUGCAGGUUCGCGACAGAGAAAUCAAAGUCAACAUCUUCGACAUGGCUGGGCAUCCAUUCUUCUACGAGGUGCGGAAUGAGUUCUACAAGGACAGUCAAGGUGUACUGCUGGUGUACGACGUCGGUCUUCGGGACAGUUUUGACGCCCUGGAUAGCUGGCUGGGCGAAAUGAAACAGGAAAUGGGCUCGCAGGCCAACAUGGACAGCAUCGUGUUCAUAGUCUGCGCCAACAAGGUGGACCUGUUGAAACGGCGAGUGGUGGACGAGGGGGAGGGCCGUCUGUGGGCCGAGUCUCGAGGGUUUCAUUACUUCGAGACGUCGGCGCAAAGUGGAGAGGGGAUCAAUGAGAUGUUCCAGGCCUUUUUCUCCUCCAUCACCGACAUGUGUGAAAACGGCGGGAAGCGCCCCGUGUCUGAGGUCAGCGUAGGCUUCACCAAAGAACAAGCGGACACAAUCAGACGUAUCAGAAACAGCAAGGACUCCUGGGAUAUGCUGGGGGUCAAACCCGGCGCCACACGGGAGGAGGUCAACAAGGCAUACAGGAAACUGGCGGUACUGUUGCACCCAGACAAAUGUGUGGCCCCCGGGAGUGAAGAUGCAUUCAAGGCGGUGGUGAACGCGCGCACCUCACUGUUGAAGAACAUCAAAUAACGGCAACUCACGUCAAACAUCUCACAGCUCUUCUCUCAGCACUUUGCGUUCCACCUCUCGGGUGCCAUGUUAUUCUCCGCCAAACCCUUUUGACGACGUCUCUGAACGCAUUUAUGUACGUGUGUGUGUGUGUGUACAAGAGCUUACAUUUUCGCAUGAAAUCAUCUCACUAUAUUCCGUAGGAUUGAUCAUGGG